AACAGUUAGAAGUCCUCAGGGGAAGGGCCUGGCCACUCGUGUGGCUUGAGAGGCUUACAUUCUCUCCUUUUUUGUUUAUUGUUGAUACACAAUCAGGUCACAGGAAAGAGGGCGAUGUCAUCAUUAGACUACUUCCUGCUAAAUCAGGGCAUGGAGGUUCUUUGGGCAAUCUUGCUCUUCUUCAUCAUCAGGAUGCAACCAGGUGUGUGCUAUGCGGAGUUCGGAGUUCGAGUCCCCAAGACCACAGGAUCUGCCUACACCUACAGCUAUGUCACUGUCGGGGAAUUUGUGGCGUUUUUCAUCGGCUGGAACCUGAUUCUGGAAUACCUGAUCGGCACGGCCGCUGGAGCCAGUGCCCUGAGCAGCAUGUUCGACUCCCUGGCAAACCACAGCAUCAGCCGCUGGAUGGUGGACACAGUGGGGACCCUCAACGGCCUCGGUGAGAUCGCGUCAACCCCUUCCCUAACGUGCCAGCUCAGGAGCCAGACGGACAGAUUCCCCUUUAAGAAUGCAACUUGGAGGCUGGAAAGAUGGCUCAGUGGGUAGAGCACUUGCUGGGCAACCAGAGGACCUGGGUUUGGUAUCCCCAACACACACACACACAC